AUGCUUACCUGCGAAGAUCUUGAGCAAUCUAUAUUGGCAGAUGUGAAAGGAAUGGGUUCCAAUGUGCCAGACGAGAUUCAAGAACCCUUGAGCACAUUGAAUCCAAACCUUGAACUGCCAAAGGCUAAUGUGGACAAUCAGGCCUCGGAACAUCUUCUGUCUUUGUUACAGAAAGGCGCACAGUCAAAAGACUCAAUAAAUCUUGAAGCCAUGUUCACUUCAGGGAAACAUGUUGGAGAGAUAAAGGCUGACGUCUCUCUCAGCUCUGCUCGUAGUUAUUUUCCAGAUGAUGCUGAAACAGUUAGCAUUGAAUCUGGAAAAUCACUGACACUUGAAGCAUUGUUCGGAUCAGCCUUCAUGAGGGAGCUGCAUUCAACAGAAGCCCCGAUUUCUGGACAGAGGCGCUUAGCUGAUGACCAAGUUAUGGCACAAUCCCAUUCGAUACCCCACCCACUCGGAGACACUAAGAUUCCUUCUGAAUAUGCUUCAAAGCAGGAGAACGUUAAUGACAUUCCUGGAGGAAGAAGAUCACACACGCUUGGAGAGGCUUGGAUAGACCUGGAGCAGUCUCGAGUCAAGAACUUCAAUGCUGCUGCGGGACAAGGAUCAUCGUCAGGCAUUCACUUGCCUGAGGAGGAGAGCUUGAUUUCUCUAGGCAGUUGUGCCAAUCCAGCGACGAGUGAAAUUUUUCAUGUUGAAAAUACACCCAGGUCUGAGAUGUUGGGUCCGAGGAUUCCCAAUGAGGUUGACGUGACUCAGAAUAAUGAGAGAUCUUCUUCUGUUUCUGUCCUGGAGGCUUCUGUGCACGGCCCACACGAUGCGGCUUGGGCAGAGAUUGCACACCAACAUUUGCAUGGACAGUCACCACCUUCUCAAUUCCCCUUUUCUCAGAUUAAUCAGAUGAGACCAUAUUUACACCAUUUGGAUAAUCCUGCCAACCGUACCCCUCAGAUGAAGUUUGUCGGUCCAGAAAAUAUCCAUCAUGAUCCUCAACAUCGUUUUCUUGCUAAUGUUGUGCAUCGCCAUCCUUUCCAUGGUCCUGGGGGGCCGAGGUUUGAUCCUAACUUCCAUCUUCCAAUCCCGCCCCCUCCCAUGCCCAUGCCAGGAGGCUUCGCUCCACACCCUCUUCAGUAUUUCCCAAGAGGUGGGCCGCUACCUCACACGGUCAACAGUAUGCCUGUUUCUAUGCACGAGGCCAUGCAUAAUUUUCAGGGGCAUCUCAAUCAUGGCGGCUAUGGAAUGGAAAUGCCUGGUAAGCGUUCUCAGUAGCUUCUACUCACUGUGCAUUAUUUACUGCUAUAUUUGAAUGUCUUUCUUGCUCUCUUCUACUUGAUUUGAAGAUCAAUGGAGGAAAACAUAUGACCAGAUUAACUGCUGUUGUAUUAUAUUUAUUCGAGCGUCUGGUCUGAGCUUAGCAUGGAUUGUUUCAAGCUUGAGAGCCGUGAUUAUCUUUCUCUUGCCAGCUUUUUCGCUUGUUUAUGCAUUUGAAAUAAUUUGAAGUCAUGUGAAUCCUUUUCGUUGUGUGAUAUGAUCAAGGUGCUUUCUGGUUUAAUUUUGAUUCGCUUGAUUUCUUGCCCAAUCAGCCCAUUUCAGAAUCCAAGGGUCUUGCAUCAAAAUCAGAAAAUAAAUCCCUCGGAUUACAAUGCGAAUUCUGAUUUAUCCUUGCUAAAUCUCAGCUCCUCUGUUUUCUCUUUUUUGUUUCUUAAUAUCUGAUCUCAGUAUAAGUAUGAAGCGGUGCAUUGCCCGGAUAUCUCUGACGCAUAGUUCCCCCCCAUAAAACUCUUUUAUCCUUCCCAUACUUCAUCGCGUGGUUACUCCUUUUCUUGGAACUCCUGAUUGCUGCGAUGAUGUUGAUCUGUCCUUUAUCGCAAUGUUCUAUCAAUUUUAUUUCUCUGGGCAGUACUAAAAAAUGGAAGUAUUCUUUCCUUUCUUGGAGUACUUCAAAUUAGAAAAUCCCAUCCUUUAGAAGAUAUGCCCACACGGGCUCAGCAAUCUUCAUUAACCCAGUAGAAAAUAAACUAACUUCGCUCUCCCGUUUCCGUAUAUUUGUUUGCUAGGGACGGCUGGCAUCAGCGGCCACCGCCCCCAGCCGUUUGCGAGGCUGAUGGAGAUGGAGGCGCAGCAGCUCAACUCCCAGCCGCCCCACCUCAACCCAGCAGGCCAAAGCCAAGUCAGACUCUUCGACCACGAGCUCCCUCCUAGUCUGAGGUACAGGUAG